GCGUUCACGUGUUCAGAUAUGUCUUCUCCGCCUCCUCCAUCCGCUUUAUUGCUUGGCGCAACAGGCCAAGUUGGGUCUUGUAUCCUCAAGGAAUUACUCGCAAGUCCCUAUUUCUCUAAGGUCGGAGAGUUUGGUCGCAAAACGACGGACCCGGACAAACUCGCAGUUGGCAAAGAAAAGCUUGAGCAGCGUACCAUUGACUUCGAAAAUCUCGAUACUUCUGGUCUGAAGGACGGCAAAUGGGAUGUGGUCUUCAUCGCACUCGGGACAACCGCAAAAGCAGCUGGAAGCGCCGCGGCAUUUGAGAAGAUUGACAGAGAAUAUGUUAUCAACGCGGCACGGGCAGCUCAAGGCGACUACCCACAACGCUUGAUCUACGUUUCGAGUGCCGGGGCCAACUCCAAAUCAUCUUUCCUUUAUCCAAGGAGCAAAGGCCUGACAGAAAACGGCCUAGCGAAACUAGGAUACGACGAAGUCAUCGUCUUCCGUCCUGCUUUACUCGCCGGUGUCAAUCGUCCUGAUUCACGUCCCGCCGAGCGAAUUGCCAGUGUCUUCACGAGUGUCCUCUCUCAUAUUUCGUCCAGCGUAGAAAUCAAUAUAAACACCUUGGCCAAAAGCAUACUCAAAGCAGGUUAUCUCAACAAACUGCCACCUGUCGCCCGAGCCACACAAUCAGGAAGCGAUGGGGCGAAAUUCACACUGGUCGACAACGCUGGAGCUCUGGCAUUGGCAACCAACUCUGAGUAG